AUGCGGGUGCUUGGAGAAUUUGGUGCAAAUGCUCUGAACUUCCCACGCUCCGAUGAGGGUGACGACACCGAAACGUCAGCCGUGAUAGAGAGUGCUAACAAUCUCGGCACCAGGAACUGCAUAGGUCAAAGCAGGAAGUACGGUGGUAUUGAAGAGGUGAGCACGGAGCCGGGUGUUCCUGGUCUUCUUCACUAUAUCCUCGAUGCUCUUGUAUGCUCCCCAAGCCGCUCGCCUCCUCCUGCCCAGCUCGGAGGUCAGGUCGUUCAUCAUGUUCAAUUCCCGACCCAGAUAAACAUAGCUAGUGCAUUCGGAUAUGUUCGUUCCGUUGAGCGUGAAUGGGGCAUCCGAGAUUCAUCUGUUCGGCAUGAAUAUCGUCUUUUGCAGAUUCAGCUGAAGACCGAUGCAUGCACAUGUUUCGUCGAAUUCGGUCAGCAUUCGUUCCGCUUGGCUGAUGCUAGGUGUUAUCAGUACGAUGUCAUCAGCAAAGCGCAAAUGAAUGGCGAAAUUCCGGUCGUGAAGUUACUGUACAACUCAGUAGUAGUACCGGCUUAUCGACCUCGGAGGGAUGAAAGACGUGGGAAGUAUUUAGUCCAGUUGGAAUAUAAAACAACAGGGAACGAUACAAAAGCAGGAAAAACAGACGCAUUUUUCGUUAUGACUGGUGAGGACAAACCUGGACCUGUCAUGAACCCUAAGAUCGAAUUAAUAGUUAAUCAGUCUUCGGUUGAAUACGCAACAUUUUCUGUCAAGUGGUCAGAACCAAUUCAGAAAAAUGGAAUAAUUUCAGGAUAUAAGAUUCGUUGGAAACUAGCUGAGUCGCCUUUCAACAUCUUUUUCGUAGAGCAGUGCGAUAAAAAAUACAACAUCAAAGUGUUUUCACCUAAUAAGAAUUACACGGCGCACAUAAGUGCGAAAACAUCCCAAGGAUAUGGAAAAGAAGUAAUGCUUAAGUUCGCAGUUGGGUCACCUCCUGACUGGAGAACCAAAUCUUCGUCGAACAAAAGCUCAAAUGGGAACGACAAAGAUAAAGGAAAACAGAACAAAACUGAUGUUUUAACUGUCGAUCGCAUUGCAUUUGAAGCGCAGCUUCGACGAAAAGUUGGUCACGAAUAUGCAGUUGGUCAUGCACGCAUACUUAUAUCGGCAUGCACUUUAAUGAUUUCUGUAAUGUUCGCAUGGUUCUUAAAACACAUUAUAACUGAAGGACGUACAAGCGAAAAACUAAGGAAAGCGAGAGAUACGUCACAGCAAAGUCGUCAUAGAUCAAGAAGGAGUGAAGAGAGGAAACGCAAAAAGGCUGCUGGCAGCAAGGAAUGA